GUCGUCGCGAAAUCAGCAAUAUUAAACGUCAAAAUAAAAAAGAUGUAUUUUAUAACAUGUCAAAUAUGUGCAUAAUUUUUGUUUACAAAAAUAUUCGGCUAUGUUAAACCUUUCUGCACACCAUUUCGAAAAUCCUUUAAAUCAUUCGAAAAUAAGUAUCCUUUUUAAAUGUUUCAAUUAACGCAAGUACAAAUUCCAGUAUGACAUAUGUGUCCGACAAUGUCAGAUUUACUUUAGAUGAAUCCUGCAUCAAACCUUUAAAAAGAAGAUCAGAGGGUAGACUUAAAGCAAUUAGUUCCAAUGAAGACUUCAGAAGCUGGAAUUAUACCGUCGAAGAUAGAAGACGUCAAAUUUUGGAUGUAGUUAAAAAUGAUGUCGAAAAAUGUGGUCUACUCACAACAGCGGUACUACACGCAUUAACUCUAAAAUCCAAAGCAAAACUUACAAAAAGCCUUAAACAACUAUGGGAAUUUAUUAUGUCACGAGAUUUGACAGAGGAAGAAAAAGAACACUUAACGAAAUUGCAAAAAGAAAUGGGAUAUGCAUGUUCACAAGUUAUUUCAAACAAUUGCCCCUGUGAAGGAAAUUAUGACGUCAUAUGUGCAUGUGAAGAUGAGACUGGCGCUAAGCAACGAGAUCGUAUUCUAAAUGUAGUUCAUUCAUUUGAGAGCAAAAGUGUUCCUGUUGAUCUAAGUAGAGAAUUCGAAACUCUCAAAUGUGAAUGUUCAGCUUGUUCAGAUCGAGCCAGAAAGCAGUUUUCAGCCAAAACUACUAUUUGUGGUGGCCAAAAAGGUCCUAGUGAUCCCAAAAAAAGAAAGAUAAUGAAAGCAGCUGUUUCUUCUGACCAAAACGUUUUUUCAAAAACUAGGAAACAUUACGAUAGACCGGAUACUGCUUCAUCUGAUGUUCCAAGCAGUAAAAGGUCAUCUAGGCCAGAUACAGUUUCAGGUCGUCCUCGCCCCAGGAGAAUGGACGACAUCUCAUCAGCUGAUGAUACUGAUGCAAAAAUUAAAGAUUCCUCAAGUACCAGUAGUGAUUCAAAACCUAUAAGUUCUCCUAUGUAUACUGGUUACGAAGAUAGUCCUUAUACCACUAAAAUCAAAGAUAAAUCUUCACGUGAUGAUACGGAUUCGAAAAUAAAAGAAUUUUCCAGUUUCAGUACUGAUGAUGAUUCGAAACCUGUAAGUCCUAGUACUCGUGCGUCUUCUGGUUACCAAGAUGACCCUUACAGAGGUAAAACCAGAGAUACUAGCAGAGAUCCUUACAGAGAUAAAACCAGAGAUACUAGCAGAGAUCCUUACAGAGAUCAAACCAGAGAUACUAGCAGAGAUGAUCCUUAUAGAGAUAAAACCAGAGAUACUAGCAGAGAUGAACCUUAUAGAGGUAAAACCAGAGAUACUAGCAGAGAUCCUUACAGAGAUCAAACCAGAGAUACUAGCAGAGAUGAUCCUUAUAGAGAUAAAACUAGAGAUCCUAGCAGAGAAGAACCUUACACCGAUAAAACCAGAGAUACUAGCAGAGAUCCUUACAGAGAUAAAACUAGAGAUACUAGCAGAGAUGAUCCUUAUAGAGAUCCUAGCAGAGAUGAACCUUACACAGAUAAAACCAGAGAUACUAGCAGAGAUCCUUACAGAGAUAAAACUAGAGAUACUAGCAGAGAUGAUCUUUAUAGAGAUCCUAGCAGAGAUGAACCUUACACAGAUAAAACCAGAGAUACUAGCAGAGAUCCUUACAGAGAUAAAACCGGAGAUACUAGCAGAGAUGUACCUUACAUAGAUAAAACUAGAGAUAGUAGCAGAGAUCCUUACAGAGAUCAAAUCAGAGAUACUAGCAGAGAUGAUCCUUAUAGAGAUAAAACCAGAGAUCCUAGCAGAGAUGAACCUUACACAGAUAAAACCAGAGAUACUAGGACACCCCAAUCUUCUGGUUACAAAGAUGAACCUUACAGAGAUAAAGCCAGAGAUACUAGUAGAGAUGAUCCUUACAGAGAUACAACCAGACGUACUAGCAGAGACGAACCUUACAAAGAUAAAACCAGAGAUACUAGCAGAGAUGAACCUUAUAGAGAUAGAACCAGAGAUACUAGCAGAGGUGAAUCUUACAGAGAUAAAGGCAGAGAUACUAUCAGAGAUGAACCUUAUAGAGAUAGAACCAGAGAUACUAGCAGAGGUGAAUCUUACAGAGAUAAAACCAGAGAUACUAGCAGAGAUGAACCUUACAGAGAUUCAACCAGACGUACCAGCAGAGACGAACCUUUCAAAGAUAAAACCAGAGAUACUAGCAGAGGUGAACCUUACAGAGAUAAAACCAGAGAUACUAGCACACCCCGAUCUUCCGGAUACAAAGAUGUGUCGAAAACUUUAUCAGAGGAGAAAGGUGAAGGCCCGCAUAUUUACACUGCUGAGCGAGCAGUAAGUUCAACUGUUUCAGUUUGCAGUAUAGACUGUCAAUGCAGAACCGAUAUUAAAACGGUUGGCCUACGAACUGAACCAGAUCUUACAAGUAGAGAAGACAGUGGUGAAUCAAUUCUAUGCCCAUGUAGAGAUAAAGCUACCUGUACACCUGUAAGACCCACUCGUACAGUAAAAUUAGGAGUACAUUCUACCCCAGAUGAGUCUUCAGAGCCCUACAAGAAACUUAAGAGUAAAUAUGCUGAACUGGAAUGUGUGUGCAAAGAACAACAGGAAAAUAUACGGAACAUAAUAAAAGAACGAGAUAUCCUUCAGAACAAGUAUCAAAAAGUUCUUUCAGAACCAAUAGAUUCUAAUAAAGAUACAGAAGAUUUGGAGAAACAUCUUUCUGAAGCUAGUCCUGAAAUAGAAGCUAGCAUGAUUAACAACCAAUUAGAAAUGUUAAGGCAGAACUGUUUAAAACUUAAAGCAGCAGAGGAAGAAAAUGAAAUACUUAGAAGAGAAAAACUGGAGUCAAAACGUCAAGGAAAACCGAGACUUCGAGAUAGUAAGGCUUCUGGAGCUGGAGUAUCAGAGUUAGAUGAUAUGAACAAGGAUGAUUGCGACUCUUGCAUCAGUUUAAAAACGAAAAUAAAAAUUUUGGAAAGAAGACUAGCCCAAUGUUCUAAAACCGUACCAGAAGAGUUCGAAAUUUUUAACAAUCAAUCAUUAUUGGACAACGCUUUAGCAGAAAGAGACCAAAUGCAAAAGAAAAUGGAAAGAAUACACGAACUUGAAGCCCAACUCGAUGAAUGCAAAAAGAAGGCUGCCAGAACUGAAGAACUAGAGAACCAGUUAAUGCGGUUACAGAGAGAACAAACUACAAAUUAUGACUUACGAAAAGUCCAAUCCAAAUGUGUAUGUGUCCAACGAGAACUAGAAAAUGUCAAAGCAGAGAGGGACGCGAUCCUGAAAAGAUUAGAUCUCAUGAAAGAGGAAAUGGAACGUUUACGGACUAAGGCAAAGGAAGCCGAAGUACUUCUAAUAGAACGGGAUAAACUCCAAAUAAAGAUGAACGGCAUGUCAAAUGUUCAAACCCACAACGAAAAUUUAAGAAUCAAAUGCAAAUGUCUCGAAAACGCUGCCAACGAACGAGAUAUGUAUAAACGAAAAUACGAGGAACAGUUAAAUUUGGACACUCAAGUGGAAGUGGAAGACAGUGCAAAAUUGAAACGAGAUAAAGCAUUGCUGAAAAAACAAGUAGGAGAUUUACAGUCCUGUAUAGUGGAACAAGAUGGUGAAAUUAAAAGAUUAAUGGAACAAAUUGAUUCGUUGAUUAAAAACAAGGAAGAAGUUCAGGCUAGGAUGAAAGAGACUUUGAUGAAUAUGCGUGCUGAAAUAGAAAAGAAAGAUAGGUUAAUAACAGCUGCAGAUAAAAAAUUGGAAACACUUCAAGCACAAUUGAAAAGUUCAAUACAGGGUGUUUCCGUUGAAGCUACUGUUUAUAAAACCCGAAUCCAAGAGUUGGAAAUGGAGCUAAAUGACGCUAAGAACCAACUACGGAAAAUGGAUGAUUCAAUACUUAGACGUGAUACUUCAAGACGUAGUAAAAGCUGUGAGUACGAAGCUGUAUGUGCAAUGAAAAAAGAACUACAGGCUGCCAAUGAUGAAAAUAGAAAGUUGCAAGAAAUUGCUAAAAAUAUGGCAAUAUUAACAGGUGAUGAACAUGUUCAAAAAAUGCUAAAACAAUCUCAAUACGCCGUAAGAAAAGUUCUUGAAGAACUAAAUGAACAGUACAAAGAGUGGGACGAUUUAAAAAAAGAACGUCGAAAACCUAGAUCUGCAGGUAGUCCAAGCCCAAAUCGAGAAGAAGAACUUAACCGAUAUAGAAGUAUUCAACAUUCCAAUAAUCAACAAGGAAAAGAUCUUAACCGAUCUGAACCUAUUCCAGGCUCCAGUAAGAGUCCAAGAGAAAAAGACCAUAAUAGAAUAAGGCAAGAACUCCACCGAUCUGGAGGUAUUCCAAGUUCCAGUAAACAUUUACAAGAAACAGAUCGUAACAGAUUAAGACAAGGACAAAAUAGAUCUGAAGGUAUUCAAAGUUACAGCAACGAUCCUCAAGAAAUAGAAUAUAACAGAUUAAGGCAAGAUAACGAUUCUCAAACAAAUAGACAAUGCCAAGGAGAACUUGCCGCGCGAAUGAUGUACUAUUCGAAAUAUAAAUAAAACAGUACUGAAAAAUAAAAGUUCAUGCAGCCCAUAUGUUGAUAUUAUUUGCAAUAAUUGUUUUGUUGUGAGGUUAAUUUCAUGUACUCAAAAAAUUUUGUUUAGUAACUGUUCAGUCAGAAUAUGACUAUAAGAAUAAAAUUUAAUGUGCUCUA